AUGUUCUCCCGUGCGGUUCGUCCUGCUGCCAACUUGGCUGCCCGCCAGGCUGUUGCCGCCUCUUCCCGUAACAUGGCCACCCUUCGUGAAAUCGAGGGUCGUCUCAAGUCCAUCAAGAACAUCGAGAAGAUCACCAAGACCAUGAAGACGGUCGCUUCCACCAAGCUCCAGCGUGCUCAGCGUGUCAUGGAGGCCGCGAAGUCCUACGGUCAAGCCUCCGAGUCCUUGUACAAGAACGCCGAGGCUGUCGCCCCUGCUGAGGGUAAGACUCUCUACAUUAUCGCUUCCUCCGACAAGGGUCUUUGCGGUGGUACCCACUCCCAGCUCACCAAGACUCUCCGUCGCUCCCUCGCCGCUUCCGACUCCAGCUCCGAGGCCGAGAUCGCUGUCAUCGGUGACAAGUGCAAGGCCCAGAUCUCCCGUUUCACCCCCGAGAACAUCGUCCUUUCAUUCAACGGUGUCGGUCAGAACACCCCCACCUUCCUCGAUGCCGCUGUCAUCGCCGACCAGAUCAUGCAGUUGGGUCACUCCUACGACAAGAUCAACAUCGUCUACAACCGCUUCGCUUCCGCCAUCUCUUGCGAACCCGAUGUGAUCAACGCUUUUUCCACCGAAGCGCUUACUGCUUCCCCCGGGUUCUCCCAGUUCGAGAUUGAGGACGAGGUUCUUGACAACUUGAAGGAGUUCUCCCUCGCCAACGCCAUCUACUGGGCUCUUGCCGAGGGUCACGCUUGCGAGAUCUCUGCUCGUCGUACCGCUAUGGAGAACGCGUCUAAGAACGCUGGUGACAUGAUUAACAGAUUUGGAUUGUUGUACAACCGUACCCGACAGGCUGUCAUUACUAACGAGUUGGUCGACAUUAUUACUGGUGCUUCCGCUCUUAACUAG